AUGGGUAAAGAGUGGGACCCACUUUCGCACCGUGUGAUCGAGAAGAGGCGGCGGGAUCGUAUGAACAGCUGCCUCGCUGACCUCAACCGCCUCAUCCCGCCUCACUACCUCAAGAAAGGCCGCGGCCGCGUCGAGAAAACCGAGAUCAUUGAGAUGGCCAUUAAGUACAUGAAGCAUUUACAGCAGCAGCAUGACUUUCGGGAUAUGGCUCCCAUGGCACCAUGUGGAGCAGGUGGCCUCCAGAUGGACCAAUGGACGGCCGGCUACCAGGAGGCCAUGGCCAAAAGCCUGCAAUUUCUGGUGGAGGUCGAAGGCCUUUUUUCCGGAGACUCUUUAUGCGUCAGACUUAUGAGUUAUAUGAGUAAACACUGCAAGAAGACCUUAGCUCGCGGGGGCUUUCAUCCCCGUAAGGUUGCUACGGGCAACGAUUACCAUGGCAACGGCUCGGGCAACAACAGCAAUAACAGCAACAGCAACAACAGCAAUAACAGCUACAACUGCAGCAACAACAGCAGUUAUGGAUACAACGGAAACAACAGGAACAGUGGCUACCGUGCAGACAACAGUGGAUCUGAAAAUUCAUAUGAAAACAUCAAACAGGAAGAUAAAGAUAAUGGACCAACAGAUUGUCUCCCGUACAACCUCACCAACCGCAGCUCUCGCCCCAUCGUCUCGCCCCGUUCUCAACCCCACGUGGAGAUGGGGAAUUUGGGGAACACGUUCAAUGAAUUUGACGGAAUCCAGGGAGGAAGGCUGAGGUCCACAGUAGAACAAACGUGUGGUUCUGGUGACAGCACAACAUAUCAGGACCACAAAAUAGAACGGACCUCAUCUUCGGUCCCAGUUUCUGGUGUCUCCGCUGAAGGUUCUACCGAUUUGGCGGUGGAACGACCCGCUUCCGAAGUACCUUUACGAACGAUGCUCCAUCACACGAACGCGGCUGUGUGUAAAUCCGUUCGUAAUGAGUAUUUUUCGUCAGAUAAUGGAUCGAAUACUUCAUCUUCUGGUGGAGAAGAUAACCCAAGUCGUCUCUACAAGUUCAAAAGCAACAUGAAGCACCGUUUUAGUGUGGACCUAGAACAUUCAUCUGUGUUGCAUCCUUCCAAGAAACAGCGGCGUGAUUCUGGAUCUUCCUCCAGCAAUUACGAUCAGUACGAAAGUUUUGGAAGGCCUAUCCCUAAGGGAACCCUUUGCCCUAAUGGGGAUAGGGAAACUAAUUCCCCUCAAAAAGAAAACCGAGAUCGAGCUGUUGCCUCUGAAAAGUUUAAAGUGAAAGAGAUCGCUCGUCCUUCAUCAGGUGGAAAUGUUUCGACAUCACGGAUGCCGACUUUAAAUUUGGUAGACGAUGCGAUACAAACUCCUGUUCCCAUUUUCGCCUUUAACCAAUCAGGAAGUUUUUAUGUCCCGAUGUCGGUGGAUGCGUCUGUGGUAGCAUCGGCAAUGUCGAUUAAACCGGAAAUAACUCCGGUCCUGCACCCGAUUUCGAUUUACGUGAAUUUUACACCGAGCUGCCUGGCUACAUCCAUCACAAUGAAUCCUGCAGCGACUCCUGUACUCCGACCAUCUUUUGCUGAACAUGCGAUCCCUAAAGAUAGUUACUCAUCUUUGACAUGUCCGAGUGACGCUUCAUCUGAAGAAAUAAAACCCAUGUUCAAAGACGGAAUAAAACAUGGACACGUUUCUUCGUUGCCCGCCACAUCCAAGGGGUCUUAUGACACAUACCCUAGCAGCGUAAAUGGCAACCAAAUAAAAGAUAACCAUGAAGAUAAAUCAAAUAACUACAAUGAGAUGACCAGGACUCAAAUGAAGAAUAACCGAAACAUGAGUCGCUUGUCCAUUGCUAAGUCCAUUCAGGACGCGGCCCGGGAGAACCCAGGUGACGUUUUUCGUGGACACCAUCUUCCUUCCGUACCAGAGAUACCAACUCACGAUACCAUGUCACAGUUGUGCAAGACUCGUACCAUGAGGGAAUAUUAUUCUCCAGGUCAUCAGUCCCAAAUGAAUGGUAAUCUUGGCAGCCAUUCAUCGUCGGCAACUUUGCCACUCCAUUCCACCCACUCUUCUGCGAUGACCACUCACACUUCAACCAGUGUUCAUGCCCACGUUCCGUCCCAACUACCCUACAACUUACCCCCUAUUUCUGUUUUUUCAACCUCUGUCCAGUCUAUCCCUACUCACAUUCCUCACCAACUGCAACAUUCCGCCAAUCAUACCUCGUCUCGGAUGGUUAGGGAAUCCAGGAACCAUCGGGAGCUACCUACUCCUCCUACCUCCGUAAGGGACCAUUUCGAACCAUCCCUUGGAGGGAUGGUAUCAUCCGGGUACCCCCGUGGGACUUUACCUUGGCCUUAUCACCUCCCGGCCAGGCCUUUCAAAGUUUAGAUAUUUCUUAUCAGUUGCACCACAAAGAUGUUGUACAAUAGCGACAAUAUUGUUGUUACUCGUUAAUUGGGCUCAUUAAAGGUUUAAUGUGUUCCACCCCCUCGUAAAGCCUAAUUGUGUCCUACCCUCCCCCAACCAAAUAGUCGUUUAUCGGUAGUAUUUAAUUAAGGCUAAGUUAGGGAUAAUUGGUGAAAAAAAGCUUUCUUUAUGAUAACUCCGCGAAAGACUCUACUUCAAUAUAAAUGACGUUGAAAAAACCUUGAUUACGAGUUGAAGUCUACAAAGCAUCGUUAAUUCAACAUUAAUUCAACAUAAUAUGCCCGGUGGGUUGCAGCUCAAUUUUUGUGAAGACAAAUAUAAAUGUAAAAAAAUUUUCACGAAAAAAUGACUAAUUUUCCAUUAGCGACUCCUGUUCUCAAAUGCCGAGUAGUUUAUCGAAAAUGUUUAUUUUACAGAGAACAAGGAAGCGAGUCUAAUUAAUGAUUAAUUAAUUAAUGGUCUAAGUGCAGGUUUUAAGUGCCAUAUUGCAAGUGAUAAUCUUGUAAACAUGCCUUAUUCAUACCGAAUUUAUCUAAAAUAGAACAGUUUUGCAUCUGAGAUAUUAUUAUUGUAAUGAGAA